AUGUCUACAGAAGAAGAAGAUUAUUCUAAUUUAUCAUUAGAAGAAAGAUUCGUUCAUAAAGUUUGGAAAGUUAGAUUACAAGCUUAUGAAGAAUUAGCAACCAAUAUAGAAAAUUCACGUAAUGAACUGGAUCCAAUUUUCACUAGUUUGUCUUUGGAUAAUUUAAAAAAAAUGAUACUUGAUUCUAAUGUUGUUGCUCAAGAAACUGGUUAUAAUACUUUUAAUAAAUUUUUAAUUUUUGGUGGUAAUGCCGCCAAUGUAUCAAAAUUGAAAAAUUUAGGUAUUAUUGGAUCAAUUUGUGAAAAAGGAUUAUUAUCAUCAAGGAAAAACACUAAAGAAUGGAGUGUUGAAUCGAUUUUAUUAAUGAUUGAAAUUUCUAAUGACCCUAAUUCUAUUGUGGAAGAUAUUUUACCUUAUUUAACUAAUCGAUUACCUAAAUUAGUCACGGGGUGUGUUAGUUGUUUGGCGUCAAUAAUUGAAAAUUUUGGUUGUAAAAUAAUAUCUCCUAAACCAAUUGUCCCUUGUUUAAGUAAAUUAUUUGCUCAUGCUGAUAAAAAUGUUAGAAAUGAAACUACUAAACUUACUAUUGAACUAUAUCGAUGGAUGGGUGAUGCAUUAAUUAACGCGUUAUUUUCAGAUUUAAAACCGGUACAACAAAAAGAUUUAACUGCAGCAUUUGAAAAGGAAAAGGGAACAUCACCACAACAAAAAAGAUAUACCAAAAAGCAAAGAGAAGAAAUUGAAAGAAGAGAACAAGAAGCGGCGGCGGCAGCAGCAGCGGCAGCAGCAACAACAGCCGGGAAUGGUGGUGGAAAUGGUGAUGAUGUCGAUGAUGUGGAAAUGUCAGAUGUCAAUGGUGUUACUGAUGAUAAUGAAUAUGAUCCAUUAGAAUUUGUUGACCCAGUUGAAGUUUUAAAUAAAUUCCCUAGUGAUUUUGACUCCAGAAUUUCAUCAUCCAAAUGGAAAGAUAGAAAAGAAGUUUUAGAAGAAAUUAUCCCCAUUUUGGAAAAAUCCCCUAAAUUAAUUACUACUGAUGAUUAUUUACCCGUAUUAAGAAUUUGGGCAAAAUGUAUGAAAGAUGCCAAUAUUCAGGUUGUUCAAUUAGCAGCUAAUUGUAUUGAAUUUGUGAUUAAAGGUUUAGGCAAUGAAUUUUCAAAAUAUCAAUCAGUAGUUUUGACUCCAGUUGUGGAAAGACUUAAGGAAAAGAAACCUUCAGUGGCCACUGCCCUCGAUAAUGUAUUGGAUGCACUUUUUAAUUUGUCAGGGUUUGGUAAUGGGGUACUUGAUGAAGCGAUUAAUGGGAUGAAAUUGAAGACUCCACAAAAUAAAAUUGCGUCCGCUAAUUUUGUUAAAAGAUGUUUAUCAACAACUAAGAUACCACCGAAAACUUCUGAAAUAGAUGCAAUUAUGGAGGUUGGUAUAAAAUUAUUAUCAGAAUCUCAAGAACCAAUUCGUCAAGCUGCCACUGAGAUGAUUGGUACUUUAAUGAAAAUAACUGGUCCUAGAGAAUUGAAACCAUUUCUUGAAAAAGUUGAUGAAAAUAGGAAAAAUAAAAUUAAUGAUUAUUAUGAGGAAACUGCUCAAGUGAAAACAACUAUGGCAAAUGCAAGCAAACUGUCUUCUGUUGCUAGUGGAUCAAGAAAUGUUAGCACUGCUGGUGGUUCUUUUUCUUCUUCAACAAUGAAGCCACCAUCUAAAUCAUCACAAGAUAGGAAAACUAGUAGUGGUGCAUCUUCAAUUAUUCCUGCUAAACGUACUGCCAGUUCUCCAGCUAAACGUGAUGAAGUGAAAAAUGGAAGAGGAAUGACUGCUAGAUCAUUAGCUAAACCAAAUAUCCCCAGCUUACGACCACCCACAAAUGUCACACAAGAUUCUUCUGGAGAUGGAUCUUCGUUCUCACAACAACAACAACAACAACAAGUACCAUCUACAUCAACAGGUGGUGGUAGUGGUGGCGCUCAGCUGAUGAUAUCAUCUGUCACAAAUGAAGAAGUUAAUCUUUUAAAACAACAAAUAAUUAAAUUACAAGAAGAAGUUCAAAAUUAUAAAAACCAACAAGAACUGCAUUUGAAAACUAUUAAAUUACUAGAAGAAUCUAAUAAUAAUUAUCGAGAAGAAAUUGAAUCAGUCAAACGUGAAUUAUCUAAUGAAAAAAGAAAUGCCACCAUUACUACUAAUCAUAAGGAUACCCAUAUAAAUAAUUUAAAAUCAGAACUUGAAAAGGCAAAUUAUAGAAUUAAAGAUUUGGAACAAGAAAGAGAAAUUAAUCGAUUACAACAACUGAAUCUUGCCUUUGAAAGAAGUAACAUUAGUAGUAGUAAUUCCAGAAAUAGUUUUUAUAAACCUAGUCCUAACAAAUUUGCACCAAGUGAUAUUAGUACUGGAGUUAAACGAUUAUCAAUUGGUGGUGAAGAAAAUAAUCAUUUUGGUGGUGGUGGUGGUGCUAGUCCUAAUUUUCACAACAAUACAAUCCAUAGCACUAAUACUACUACCUCCACUACUGCCACUGCUUCUGGUGCUGGUAUUGGCACUGGUGUUGGUACUGGAACUGGAACUGGAACUGGAACUGGUAUGGGUAUUUCAAGACCCACUAAUAGUUUCCGUUCUAGUGUAAAUUAUGGUAGUACUAGUUCAUUAACAUCAUCUAGUCGUCGAGAAUCAAUGGAUAUUGAUAAUGGUGCUGAUUGGAAACGUGCUGCUGAAGUCACAUUGCAAUUAAAAGCUAGAAUUGAGAGAAUGAAAGCUAGAACUAGAUCACCAUUAAAUAUUGAGUGA